GUCCAACUCGUCGUCAUGACGGUAGUCCUCCGUGAUGCGACCGAGGCGGAUGUCCCGUUGAUUUACGACUUUAUCCAUGAGCUAGCGACGUACGAGAAGCUCGCACACGCACAUGUGGGUACCCAAGACGAUCUUCUCCAGACGCUGUUCCGCCACAAGUACGCGCAUGUCGUGCUGGCGUCCGUGGACGGCGCCGACGUCGGGUUUGCCUUGUACUUUUUCAACUACUCGACGUUCCUGAGCAAGCCUGGCUUGUACCUGGAAGACUUGUACGUUCGCCCUAGUUUCCGCGGACGAGGCGUCGGCACGACUUUGAUGAAGCAUCUCGCGGCGCUGGCCAUCGAGAAGGGGUGUGGCCGCAUGGAAUGGAGCGCCAUCGACUGGAACACCCCUGCCAUCAACUUUUACGUGGGAAAGACCGUUGGUGCGACCAUCAUGAACGAGUGGAAGGUGUUUCGACUUCAAGACGACACCUUGACUCGCUUUGCAACCACACGUUUGGCCACGACCGAGUAGUUGACUCUGCAAUCCGAUGUUGCCACGUUGGCAUCCUAGCUCUGCUGACGCGAGUCGGUGAUGAAACGAGAACGAUCCGUGGCCACGAAACGCCCCUUGACCCCCCUCUGCAUGGGUUGGCUACAAUGACUGACUCAAACUGCAGGUCGCACCCGAUGCAGCGCUGAAAGUCGCCGUGCUUCUUGCGUCGGCCCCUACGUCGUUAUGCAUCCAUGUGGGAGCGCCGUCGGGACGAGUUGGGUUGCCGCGCGCAUGUAACAGUAGAGGAGCUACGAGUCGAAAACGCAAGAGGUAGCAGGAGCAUGUGACGUGCGCAUGGACAGCUCCAUGCUUGAUGGCGGAACUGCUUUUGCAACACAUCCAAGAAAGUAGGGCCUGGAUCAAGUGCCAACGCAGGGCCUCCGUCGGCAUCCCUGUCCAGGCAGUGUGCGAGCACAGGCAAACGGGUAGUUCGCAGCAUCGCUGGGACGGCAAAAGUUGCUUCCACAGAGCCGCCCGAACGCCAUCCGUGUCGGGGGUCCAGUAAGCAGGAAGGUUACGCCAUGCCCUUUGUCGUCGUUAUGGCGGCCGCUGAAACUUUCUAGACAAUGGUGUUGAGCACGGCGGCAAAGCUGGUCGCGGCUCGAUGGAACUGACCAGCGGCCACAAGGGCUGCCGCCACACUGGCGUCCAUGGCGCGGUCGUAGCGCAGGCUGCUUCACGAGCGAAACAAUGUUUCAUUAAGAUGAAGGAGCAUACGACACACACACACGAGUUCAAGUAAAUAAGGACGGGUGACAGGAAUGGCAUGCUACUUUACGCACACCGCCGUGAAAGACGCUCGAUGGGCAGUUGGGCAGUCGUGGACCCGGGGCUUGUUGAACCCACACGCGCAGCACAGACGGCGGAUCACUUCGUCGCCGUACUUUUGGAAAUAUGCAACGACUUCAUCAUGUCCAAAUGCAGUCGCGAGCGCUUCGGCCGCUUCCGAGCAUCCUUCCUUGCGCUCGCGAUGGAGGAAUUCCACAACUUGGACGUGUCCAUUGGAUGCGGCGACGUCCAUCGCAUGCUUCGUCCAUCCGGUGCGCGGCUUCGUCGCAUGAAUGUACGCGAGGACUUGGACGUGUCCGUGGGCAGCAGCGUUCGUAAUCGCUUCGGACCAACGCCACUUGAUGGACCCUCUGUGUUCGACAAGCCACUGCAUGACCUGUACAUGCCCAUUUGCAGCAGCUAGAGACAACGCAGCUGGUGUGCACCCUUCACUUCGAUGGGCGUGCAAGAAGGCAAGGAUGUCCAAAUGGCCAUGACUAGCUGCCAAGUCCAUGGCGGAGGAUGUGCACCCUUCGCGUCGGUGAAAGUGCAAGAACUGUACGACGGCCAAGUGACCAUUGGACGCCGCAGCGUCCAUGAGCUUUGUCGUGUCAGGAUGGGUGUCAGUACCCAUGUGUCGAUGGAAGAACUCCACAAUAUCCACAUGGCCAUUCGACGCCGCCGUCAACAUGGCUGUCGCCAUGGCUUCAUCCACGUCAUGAAUGUAAGGAACGAGUUCAGCAACCAUGCGCAAUUGCCCCGUAAAGGCUGCCACAUCCAUCAAGUUAUCCGCGACGUUGUUGGUGCACUUGGACGAAAAACAUGUGCGAAGAAGGUGUCCUUGUCCUGUCGCAGCGGCAUACACUAAGACGAGCCGGCUAGCACGCGGGGAGUAGGUCCAUACUUGUCGACAUUGCCGUCUUCCAUGAGCGUUCCACCACGCUUGGACGAGUGCAACAAUGGCGGCAAUGUCUGCGACUGGAACGGUGGACGAGAUCGGCAAUGGAAACGCUGUGAGCUCGAGCAUGUGGUGUGGCACCCCCUGUUGAAACGGAGUGAUGUGUUGAAAGAGGUCCGUGGAAGACAGGACGGCGUGGGUCGCGGUCGGCAUGGUCCACGCAGGGUUGCUAGCGUACUGUGGGCGACGGAGGAGAUUGGAAACUGGUCCAUGGCGAGCGGUGUUCGCGGACAUUCCCAUGUUCAUGCACCCGACCGAUUUUUCC